GGCCGUUGUUCCCCUUCCACUGCCCGUUGCCUCCGCACUCCGCAGGUGCAAAAAAGGCCGAAGGCAAACCCCCCACGAAGCAAAGCAACCGCCAGACUUCGCCGUACUCCACCACCAGAGCAUGCGCGUUGCCGCGACCCGACUCGCCGCCGCUCCCCCUCCGAUCCGCUUCCUCUUCCUCCUGGUGCUCCUCGGUUCCGCGAUCGGAGCAGCCAUGGCCGGCCACGUCCUCGGCGGCGUGAAGGAGAACCCCGCCGCCGCCAACAGCGCCGAAUCCGACGGGCUCGGCCGCUUCGCCGUCGACGAGCACAACAAGCGCGAGAACGCGCUGCUGGAGUUCGUGCGCGUGGUGGAGGCCAAGGAGCAGGUGGUGGCCGGCACGCUGCACCACCUCACGCUCGAGGCCAUCGAGGCGGGGAAGAAGAAGCUCUACGAGGCCAAGGUCUGGGUCAAGCCAUGGCUCAACUUCAAGGAGCUCCAGGAUUUCAGCCACAAAGGGGAGGCCACCACGUUCACUAACGCCGACCUCGGCGCCAAGAAAGGUGAACAUGAGCCUGGUUGGCGUGAGGUUCCUAUAGAGGAUCCUGUGGUCAAAGAUGCUGCACACCAUGCUGUGAAAUCAAUCCAAGAGAGAUCCAACUCCCUGUUUCCCUAUGAACUUCUCGAGAUUGUUCGUGCCAAGGCACAGGUUGUGGAGGACUUUGCAAAAUUUGAUAUUCUGAUGAAACUGAAGAGAGGCAGCAAGGAGGAGAAGAUCAAAGCCGAGGUCCACAAGAGCCUGGAAGGGGCUUUUGUGCUAAACAAGCAUCAGCCGGCGGAGCAUGAGGAGUCGAGCAGCCAGUGAACUGACGUAGCUGACAGCUUACAUAAAUAAAAUAAAGAGAAAACGUGGCCACUCCGGUUUUAUCUGGAUAUCGUGUAUUGUCGAUGGUCGUUUCUGGCUUGGCUUCCGAAUGCAGCAUGCAUGCCAGUGCUGUUCCAACUCGUUGGAAGACAGGUGGUACCUGCUGUUGCUCUUGCUGUUAUAAUAGGCAUUGGAAUUUGUGAAUUUCGGGAGCUUAUCUGUUCGUAUCAUGUUGUUUAAUGUGAUGGGUCGUAUGUGGAUAUAUGUUAUGCCAAUACAUUUUGCCUUUUGGUUGCUUGCGAGCAGUGUAUGCCAAGUUA